AUGGCGCCAUCGUCUGCUUCUCCCCAGAGCAUCAAGCGUGAGCUGCCGCCAGAUUCUUCGCUGCCUGAGGAAAACGUGCCAGUCAAGCGCCAGGCCACUGAGGCGAGCAGGGUAGGAGUCCAGACAUCAUCUUUCCCUUGGAAAACUUGCAACAAUGCCGAGGAUGUCGAGAGACUGAGGAUCAAGGAGUAUGCCGUGAAGGUGGCUCAGAAGCAUUGCGCGAAACUCAAGAAGGAACUUUCUUUCAGCAUCUUUGAAGGACAAGCUGACACAGUGAUCUUGGGGCAACGAAUGCUUGAACAGUGGAUUAAAGAGGACGAUGAUCUUCGCAAAGCCCACGAGAAUUUUCAGAUCCUUGUUGGUGUCCAAGGCCCGACCGGGGCCGGAAAGUCGUCCUUUUUGGGGUCUCUUCUCCUCCAGCAUGAGAUGUUACCUUCAGGACAGGAUGGUGCUGCCACUGCCGCUGUGGGCAAAGUUUCUUGGAACUACGACAACACCCCUGGGCAUGAGUUUCGCGCACGAAUCGCUUUUCGCCCACUUCAGGACAUCUCGCAGUGUAUCAAAGCACUACUCGAAAGUAUUGAGCGUGUCAUGGUUCUUGAGAAGACCGUUUUCACUAAGGUAGAGGACAUCGAGGAGAGAGAGAAUGAUAUCGCCAUAUUUGAAGAUACUAUCAGCUACGAACUACCCGGGGUAAAGGCCGUCUGGGGACUGUCCCGCGAGGAUCUUGAAGAGGCUUUGAGACAGAGAAUUGAGGAUAAUUCUUGCUCUGAUAUCGUACGGGAUAUUUUGAACAGCAACCAAACUGUUCUCAGCUUCCUUCGUGGUGGAACUCUGGAUUUCAAGACUACUACCAGGUUCAAGCUUCGUCGCGCGGUUAAGCCUUUCCUGGACAGCACCCCUUACCAACAUAGCGAUGGCCGUCAAUUCGCCGUUUGGCCUUUGGUUGAAGAUGUUCAUAUGUACGUCAAAUCCGAUAUUCUGAAGUCGGGUAUGACCCUUGUCGAUCUCCCUGGGUGCAGCGAUUCGACAGCGAGGCGUGCUGAAGUAACGAAAGCUUUCGCCCAUCAAUUGGAUGUGCGUCUGGUAGUUAGCCCCAUUUCUCGAGCUUCAGACGAGGAGAAAAGCCAGGAGUUGAUGCAAAGUGGUUUUGAUGAAGCCCAGAUGAAGCUCAGUGGAAAGGAUGAUGGGCGAGGAUUUGGAAUCAUCAUGACAAUGACGGAUGCCAUAAAUGUUGAGACCUACCUCCGCACUACAUCAACUCUCAAGCUCGAUCCUCGCGUCAAGGCAAAUUUACUUAAACUCAAGAAACUCGAGGGUGAAAAGAUAGUUGUCAAGUUUAAGAUCCAAACUACUGAGCUUAAAAUGAGCAAAGCGCGAGCUCAGAAAGCUGAAAAGAUGGAGGCAUACAUGGCCAUCAUGGAGAAACGAGACUCCCAAACAGAUGAUGAACGAACGGCCAGCGACGAGCUUCUGAUGGAACUCAGGAAAGAGAGCCUAAAUUCGAAGAGCAGUUUCGAAGAAGCAGAAAAAUGUCUUGAGGAACUUGACGCGCGAGUUGCGGAGAUUCAGCGAGAGGAAGCUGACGCGAAGAACUGGCUUCACAAUGCCAGUGUCCAGGUACGAAACUGGAUUGUCAAGAAGAAGAUUCAGGAAAAAUACUCCGCUCAGCGAAGCAAGGUUCCAGGUGCCGACACAAGCGAGCCCCCUCCCCCAGUUCCCAUCUUUGCUGUCUCUACCAACGCCUAUUGGAACCUCAUUAGAGAUGCGCCUGUGGUAGGAUUCGCCACACUAGAGUCAACUGGGUACCCGGCUGUAAGGAAAUGGCUUCUUGAAGCAACAAUGAACAAGCGCGAGAAACACCUUGACGCGAUUCUGGGGAGGUACCAGAAGCUGAUGAACUUGAUGCGCAUCUACUCGAAGGGGAGUAGUGACAAUGAAGAGUCUGGACUUACUCGUUCCAGCUUUGAGGCAGUGCUGGAGAAGACCCAUGGGAAGUUUACUACUACUAUAGGUGUGCAGAUUUCUCGUGCAGGUGCCAAUAUUCAGUUGUUGAAUCCUCUCAAGGACAGAGAUGAAACAGUGAAAACUUUCAGUAAUGAAGCCGUCCGGAUUGCCAUCAGAUGGGGUCGCAAGUUCCCCAAUAAGAGGAGCAACAAGACGAAAAUCGCUGCAGUCACCUACAAAGCCAUUGUGAAGCGCCACGGCCGAACUUACGAAUCCAAAACAAAAGGGUGUUCCAAGGUCACGUACAACUGGUUGGAAGAAUUGGGCACACCCAUGCUGCAAAUCAUGGGCAAAGAUUGGGACCGAGCUAUGAACAAAGAACUUCUAAAGAUUAAGGUCCCCAUCAUGGAAGCUUUCAAGAAGGUCUGGGCCGAUUAUGUGAAGGAGCUCGAGCAGGUAAUCAGUAUGGAGUUGCCAGCCUUGGAGGAGAGCUUCAGUGAUAUCCUCACCAUGGUGUCGAAUGCCGAGCACGUCUGCGAGAGCAAGAUUCUCCAGUUGCUUGAAGAGCUGUCCAAAGAGACAUCUUCUGUCGGUUUUGACCUCGUCGACUAUCUUGAAGAAGAGCUGGAGCAAACAUUCGACGGUGCUUUCAAGAUUCGUGGCCAAGGUUCUCACGCUAGGCGAUGCGACCAUAUUGUUCAAAAGUUCAAGAGAUCCGGCGAGGACCUGUGCCAUCCUGUUCUGGACCGUCUGGCAAAGAACUUGGAAACAAAGAAGAAGAAGAUCCCAGGCAAACUUCGUGAUAUUGCCCAAAGCGCCGUUGAAGAUGCCAAGCAGCAAAUUUCAUUUUUCAUCAACAAUCUGAUUGAGAACUACGAGACCGACGAGGCAUCCCAGGCAAAGAAACUCGAACUGCAGGCAAGCAUCCGAGCUCACGUCGCCGAGUGGGAGCAGGAAUGGGAGCAGCGGGAAGGUCAAGGUGAAGAACACCUGGGGGAAACCAGUGACAUCCCAGAGGUUGUUGGUGAGACAAAAAUCGAGGAGGACGAUGAAGAGACAGAGGAGACCGAUGGGGUGGUCGGAGAUUUUGGCACGAUUGAUGAGAUCAUCGGAGGGUACUUGGAUGAGGAUGAGUCUGACUAA